AUGGAUAAUCCAAGAGUUAGUUCAAAACGCGUUCCAACACAAAACUCCGAAUCUAUGAUCAGUCCACGUUGGCGCAUACGCAGUAAAUCGAUCACAGAUCAGUACACAACUAGUCCGAAAUUCGGAGUUGGAAAAAACGAGUUUCCCUGUUAUCGUCAACCCUCGAUACUAGAGAAGAUCAGUGCAGUUGAGCACAAACGAGUAUCUAUAAUACUAUACGAGUAUAGUUACAAAGUGGCCGCCUCAUUGUUAUCAUUCUCGUUAGAUCUCACCAAAUUAUUAUAG